AUGCAUCUUUCUAAAGAAUCGCGCAUUCAGAUGGCUAUUUCAGCUUAUCAGAAAGGCCAGGUUAAAUCAAUUAAACGCGCUGUGGCCCUUUUUGCUGUCCCCGAAAGCACUGUACGCGACCGGCUUCAUGGUGCUAAAUCACGGUCGGAAACACGCGCCAAUGGUCAUAAACUGACCGAAUUCGAAGAGGAAUUACUUCUAAAGCGAUUAUUAGAUGCAGAUACGCGAGGAUUUCCAAUUCGACCCGAAUUUCUACGUGGAAUGGCCCAGGUUUUACUUCGCAGUCGUUUACAAGACCCUACCGCAGCUAUCGGAACUAACUGGCCUUAUAACUUUGUUAAACGCCAUCCUCAGCUCCGUACGCGAUAUACAAGGCGUAUUACCUAUCAGCGCGCAAAGCAGGAAGAUCCAAAGGUUAUAGGCCCGUGGUUUGAGACCGUACGAGCGACUAUUCAAGAACACGGCAUACAUGAAGACGAUAUCUGGAAUUUCGACGAAACUGGCUUUGCAAUGGGAGUCUGCUCUACUUCAAAAGUGAUUACUGCAGUAGAGCGAAGCGAGCGACCGCGCAGAGUUAUUCAGGGCAAUCGCCUUCUCUGGCUGAAAAAUGUCUUUGAACCGCUUUCUAAGCGCUAUAUGACUGGUGCAAAGCGCUUGCUUAUUCUUGACGGCCAUAGUAGUCAUUUGACUGCUGAAUUCGAUGAUUUCUGCAAGCAGAAUGCAAUAAUAUGUCUCUGCAUGCCUGCCCAUACUUCACAUCUUCUUCAACCGCUUGAUGUGGGCGUUUUUGGCCCGCUUAAAGAGGCGUACGGAAAGCUCCUUGAAGACCUUAUGGCUGCUGGCAACAACCAUAUUGAUAAAGAAGACUUCCUAUCGCUAUAUCCGGACGCCCACAAGCAAAUCUUUACUUCGGCCAAUAUCUGCAGCGGCUUUAGAGGAGCAGGGCUUAAGCCGCUUGAUCCAGAGCAUGUUCUUUCCAAGCUUACCUUUCAACUGCGUACGCCUACACCACCACUAGUUGAAGGCUCAGUUUCCUCUGCUUUUCAGACUCCGCAGAAUACUCGCCAGCUGAAUCGAAAGCGCCUCGUCGACGAGCUCCGCAGCGCUGUAGUGGGUGUGGAACAAUCGGACAUACAAUUCGAAAUUGCCCUAGUAGAUGGCUAUAAUUUCAUGUAUUUACCUAAGUAUGAUGGUGGUCACCAGGCGCUGCGUGGGCGGCUUGCAUUCAGUCUUCCUUCAGGGCACUCCAGGCCCCUGUUUCACCCACAAGUCACAUUUGCGCAAAUGAGACCAAGAAGCGGCAACGAAACCCCUUCCCCCGAAGAGGCGUGCCAACGUUCGACCAGGCAAUCAAUCUGGACGACCUUAACAACUAAGGAGAAAUGGUAG